UUCAACUGUAGAUCAAGAAACAACAUCAAUUUCAAGUGUGGAAACGAUCUCGAUACAAAGUAUCGCAUUAACAACGGCAACGACAACGACAACGACAACGACAACGACAACAACAUCCACCACGUCAUCAACAACAACAUCCACUACGUCAUCAACAACAAUAUCCACUAUAUCAUCAACAACAGCAUCAACAACAGCAAUGCCGCAAUGGAUAAUAACAGGACAUAUGAGUGUUGCACGAGAAUAUCACACAGCAUCCACAUUAGCAAAUGGAUUAGUAUUAGUUGCUGGUGGACUUAAUACCGGUCCUCUCAAAAGUGCUGAAUUAUAUAAUCCAUCAACAGGCACUUGGACAACCACAGGAAACAUGAGUACCGCACGAGGAUAUCACACUGCAACCACAUUAGCAAAUGGAUCAGUAUUAGUUGCUGGUGGAUACGGCAGCGGUUAUCUUAAUAGUGCUGAAUUGUACAAUCCAUCAACAAGCACUUGGACAACUACAGGAAACAUGGGUGUUGAUCGAACACAUCACACAGCAUCCACAUUAGCAAAUGGAAAAGUAUUAGUUACUGGUGGAUGGAACAGUGCUCAUCUGAAUAGUGCUGAAUUGUACAAUCCAGCAACAGGCACUUGGACAACCAUAGGAAGCAUGAGUGGCACACGAUCCUCUCACACAGCAUCCACAUUAGCAAAUGGAUCAGUAUUAGUUGCUGGUGGAAUAGACAUCAACAAUAGUCUUAUUAAUAGUGCUGAAUUGUACAAUCCAGUAACAGGCACAUGGACACCCAAGGGAAACAUGAGUGGCACACGAGCCUAUCACACAGCAUCCACAUUAUCAAAUGGAUCAGUAUUAGUUGCUGGUGGAUGGAACGGUCUUGCUCUUAAUAGUGUUGAAUUGUACAAUCCAUCAACAGGUAGUUGGACAACUACAAGAAGCAUGAAUAUCGCACGAUACUAUCACACAGCAUCCACAUUAGCAAAUGGAUCGGUAUUAGUUGCUGGUGGAGAGAACAGCGGUGCUUAUCUCAAUAGUGCCGAGCUUUAUUAA